UCCACCCCUGGGCCUAUGAAACCCCACCCCCCACCUUCUGCUGGCGGGGAUUGGUGGACUUCUCGCGGCGGUGCAUAGUGAUUGGUCUCCAUGGAUGAUGGUCACCGCCGAGAUCCCGCCCCUAGCCGGCGCAGGGGUCUGGGGGCACUGCUCAGCGGUUCUGGGGCUGGCGCGGCUUGAGCCGCCGCCGCACAGACAGCUCGGUCUGCGGACCAUGGAGAUCGGCGCCGGCCCACAUCCGCUGCGCCUGCUGGUCUGCCUGAUGCCGCUCUGUCUCGCUUUGCUUUUGGGACCAGGGAGGCCCGGGACGGCCGAGGAAGUCAUCCUCCUGGAUUCCAAAGCCUCCCAGGCUGAGCUGGGCUGGACUGCACUGCCGAGUAAUGGGUGGGAGGAGAUCAGCGGCGUGGACGAACACGACCGUCCCAUCCGCACAUACCAGGUGUGCAACGUGCUGGAGCCCAACCAGGAUAACUGGCUGCAGACUGGCUGGAUCAGCCGUGGCCGUGGGCAGCGCAUCUUUGUGGAGCUGCAGUUCACACUGCGCGACUGCAGCAGCAUUCCCGGAGCCGCGGGCACCUGUAAGGAGACUUUCAACGUCUACUACCUUGAAACUGAGGCCGAUCUGGGCCGCGGGCGUACCCGCACGGGCAGUAGCCGACCCCGCAAGAUCGACACGAUUGCGGCGGACCAGAGUUUCACGCAGGGUGACCUGGGCGAGCGCAAGAUGAAGCUGAACACCGAGGUGCGCGAGAUCGGUCCGCUCAGCCGGCGGGGUUUCCACCUGGCCUUCCAGGACGUGGGCGCAUGCGUGGCGCUGGUCUCUGUGCGGGUCUACUACAAGCAGUGCCGCGCCACGGUGCGGGGCCUGGCGACGUUCCCAGCCACUGCAGCUGAGAGCGCCUUCUCCACGCUGGUGGAGGUGACCGGCACUUGCGUGGCGCACUCGGAAGGGGAACCCGAGCCCCCGCGCAUGCACUGCGGCGCCGACGGCGAGUGGCUGGUGCCCGUGGGCCGCUGCAGCUGCAGUGCAGGAUUCCAGGAACGUGGUGACAUCUGUGAAGCCUGUCCCCCAGGCUUCUACAAGGUGUCUCCUCGGCGGCCGCUCUGCUCGCCGUGCCCAGAGCACAGCCGGACCCUGGAAAACGCGUCCACGUUCUGCGUGUGCCAGGACAACUACGCGCGCUCGCCCACCGACCCGCCCUCGGCGUCCUGCACCCGGCCGCCGUCGGCGCCGCGGGACCUGCAGUACAGCCUGAGCCGCUCGCCGCUGGCGCUGCGGCUGCGGUGGCUGCCGCCAGCAGAUUCCGGCGGUCGCUCGGACAUCACGUACUCGCUGCUGUGCCUACGCUGCGGCCGCGAGGGCCCGGCGGGCGCGUGCGAGCCGUGCGGGCCGCGCGUGGCCUUCGUGCCGCGCCAGGCAGGGCUGCGGGAGCGCGCCGCGACGCUGCUGCACCUGCGACCCGGCGCGCGCUACACCGUGCGCGUGGCCGCAGUCAACGGCGUGUCAGGCCCGGCGGCCGCCGCGGGAGCCACCUAUGCGCAGGUCACCGUCUCCACCGGGCCCGGGGCCCCUUGGGAGGAGGAUGAGAUCCGCAGGGACCGAGUGGAGCCCCAGAGCGUGUCCCUGUCGUGGCGGGAGCCCAUCACCGCUGGAGCCCCCGGGGCCAAUGGCACAGAAUAUGAGAUCAGAUACUACGAGAAGGGCCAGAGUGAGCAGACCUACUCCACAGUGAAGACAGGGGCGCCCGCGGUCACCGUCACCAACCUGAAGCCGGCUACCCGCUACGUCUUUCAGAUCCGCGCGGCCUCCCCGGGGCCCUCCUGGGAAACCCAGAGCUUCAACCCCAGCAUUGAAGUGCAGACCCCAGGGGAGGCUGCCACAGGAUCCAGGGAACAGAGCACCGCGGUUGUCAUCACCGUGGUGACCAUCUCAGCCCUCCUCGUCCUGGGCUCUGUGAUGAGCGUUCUGGCCAUUUGGAGGAGGCCCUGCAGCUAUGGCAAAGGAGGUCGGGAUGCCCACGAUGAGGAGGAGCUGUAUUUCCACUUCAAAGUCCCCACCCGCCGCACGUUCGUGGACCCCCAGAGCUGUGGGGACCCACUGCAAGCUGUUCAUCUGUUCGCCAAGGAGCUGGAUGCAAAUAGCGUCACGCUGGAGAAGAGCCUUGGAACAGGGAGGUUCGGGGAGCUGUGCUGCGGCUGCCUGCAGCUCCCCGGCCGCCAGGAGCUCCCCGUGGCCGUGCACACGCUGCGGGAGGGCUGCUCCGACUCUCAGAGGCUCAGCUUCCUGGCCGAAGCCCUCACCCUGGGCCAGUUCGACCACAGCCAUGUGGUGCGGCUGGAGGGCGUUGUUACCCGAGGAAGCACCCUGAUGAUUGUCACCGAGUUCAUGAGCCAUGGGGCCCUGGACAGCUUCCUCAGGAGGCACGAGGGCCAGCUGGUGGCUGGGCAGCUGCUGGGGCUGCUGCCCGGCCUGGCAUCAGCCAUGAAGUAUCUGUCAGAAAUGGGCUACGUCCACCGGGGCCUGGCGGCCCGCCGUGUGCUGGUCAGCAGCGGCCUCAUCUGCAAGAUCUCCGGCUUCGGGCGGGGACCCCGGGACCGAGCAGAGGCUGUCUACACCACCAUGAGUGGCCGGAGCCCGGCACUGUGGGCUGCCCCUGAGACGCUUCAGUUUGGCCACUUCAGCUCCGCCAGUGAUGUGUGGAGCUUCGGUGUCCUCAUGUGGGAGGUGAUGGCCUUUGGGGAGCGGCCCUACUGGGACAUGUCUGGCCAAGACGUUAUCAAGGCCGUGGAGGACGGCUUCCGGCUGCCACCCCCCAGGAACUGCCCCUCCCCCCUGCACCGACUGAUGCUUGACUGCUGGCAGAAGGACCCAGGUGAGCGGCCCAGGUUCUCCCAGAUCCAUGGCAUCUUGAGCAAGAUGAUGCAGGACCCAGAACCCCCGAAGUGUGCCGACACCACCUGUCCCAGGCCUCCUACGCCCCUGGAGGACCGUGCCUUCUCCACCUUCCCCUCCUUUGGCUCUGUGGGUGCGUGGCUGGAGGCCCUGGACCUGGGCCGCUACAAGGAUAGCUUCGCCGCAGCCGGCUAUGGGAGCCUGGAGGCCGUGGCUGCCAUGACUGCCCAGGACCUGGUGAGCCUGGGCAUCUCAUCGGCGGAACACCGGGAGGACCUCCUCAGCGGGAUCAGCGCCCUGCGGGCCCGGGUCCUCCAGCUGCAGGGCCGGGGCGUGCAGGUGUGAGUGGCUGUCUCUUCCAGGCCAGGACCCCAGGGCCUCCGACCUCCAGCCCUGCCAAGGACCCCAGCAAGCUGUGCGUCACCUGUGUGGCAGUGAACGCUCUCCUCCUCUGCUUGGGCCCAGAGCUUGUGUGAGGCCACACUGCCCCUCAUUUCACUGCCGACUGCUCCCAUUUUCUCCAGUUUCAACACCAUGGCUGACUCAAUCUCCCGGGAAAAAGGCGAGGGACUAUUUUCAGAACCUGGGGAGGCCCCUGAGAUAACAGUAGGAGGAAAUGCAGGGUCUCAGAGACCAGGGUGGGCAGGGGCAGAGAGAGGGAUAUAGCUUUAAAUCGCCCAGCUCAUGCCCUUCUGUCUUCCACACCCACUGGCGGCUGGGGCCUACCCCAGGGGGUGCCCUAUUUCCCCACAGACCAUUGGCCAACAGGCAGCACAGGCCCCUGAUGGAUGGGCUGCUGUUAGACCUGGCAGUGACUACAGCUGCCUGGCUGCCCUUCCUGAUGGGCCUGGGGUCCUUAAUUCCCUGUGCUCCGGCUGGGCCCUCUUUGGACCCUGGUCCUGAGGCCCAGGCAGGCAGAGGUGGUGCUGAGCUCAGGGGCUGGACCCUGAGGGCCCUAGUCUCAGGAGCUGAUUUCUGCUUGCCCCACCCUUGGGCUGACUGCUCAGGGUGAGGGUGAGGGUCCCGGUGCUCCCCUGUGGCCCCACUAGGUCCUCCCUUUGCAUUUCUCUUAUAAACUCACUAGCCAGCAUCUGGGAGGUGUUUUCUCCUUGGGGCCGAAAAGCUUUGCUCCCCAGCCUUGGGGGAUGGUUGAAGGUGUGACUCGGAGAUGGAGCUUCUCUCUCCAACAGGCUGGUCCAACCCUUCCUGUACAGGUGGGAAUCCAAGCCCAGUGAGGAGUCAGGGCCAGAGCUGGGGUUGAACUCGUGUGCCCAGCUCCCAAUUCGGGGUUCAGGUUGGCUCUGGAGAGAGUCCUGGGUCCUGCCCUAUAUCACCGAUGCUCUUUCCUGAGGCAGCCCAGGGGUGCCCUGUGGUGACCCCUCCUGCAGGCUCCAUCCCCUGCACCACCCAGCCUCCUGUGGCGUGUCUCCUCCCUCUGCCUCUGCAGGGCUCUGGCCAAAGUGGUUGCACUGAGCUGACUCCAGAGCUCCUUAUCCAGGAGGGCUUCCCAGAGGUGGGGGUGACCGUGAGGCACAGGCUUUCAUAGGGCAGUAGGAAGGCAACAGGGUCUGGAUAGGGCCACCCCUGACAUAUGCCUGCUCCGGGAUUGGCUACAUGUGGGUGGGGUCGGAUGGGGUGGGAAGGAGACAAGGGCUUCAGGAAGGGGUGAAUGAGACACAGCUGGCCCUUGGAGGGCUUAGACGGGGCGGGAAGAUGAGCUCGGGCUCUGAGGAGUAGUACCAAAUGUCGCCCAUGGGAGACUCUGGGCCCGUGGGCUGAAGGGCACAUGGGCCUUUUUUUUUUUUUUGCUUUUUAGGGCCACCCCUGCAGCACAUGGAGGUUCCUAGGUUAGGGGUUGAAUCAGAGCUGCAGCUACCAGCCUGCCCCACAGCCACAGCAAUGUGGGAUCCGAGCUGCAUCUGCAACUUACACCACAGUUGUGGCAACACGGGAUCCCCAACCCACUGGGCAAGGCCAGGGAUCAAACUGGCAACCUCCUGGUUCCUAGUCAGAUUCAUUUCCACUGCGCCAUGAUGGGAACUCCCACAUGGACACUCUGGACUGUGUAUAUGGCAGGGUGUCUGCAGAGGUUCCUUGGCUGAGAGUCUGAUGCAUACAUUGAGCAGGGCUUCGGAGGUUGGGGGAGGGCUCUUUCCUUAGGGUUGGUGGAGCUUUCUGCAGGACCUAGGACAGGAGGGGUCCAAGCAGAGGGGUCAGCAGCAGGAGCCUGGAGGCUGGAAGAUGCAGCGCAUCUUUGGAGAGUGCCCUGUGGUGGGGGACGGGGCCUCCCAGCAGUGCCUUUGGCCUCACCCUGCCAGCAGGGAGGGAGUCCCCCCACCCCACUCCCCAUCUCCUGAGCCCCUGCCCUGCCUGUGUCUUGGGGGUGCUAGGCGAGGCCAAGAUACUGCUUCUACCUUUGACAGGGCUGGAGGGUCCCAUGCCAGUGCCCUCCAGGCUCUGCCCCCAACGGUCCCCGAAGAAGCAUGGGAAGGACACAGCAGCAUCCCAUCUUGGUGGAGGGCGCCUCAUCCCCGUCUCCAGUGACAUCAGUCAUGCUCUUGAGGUUGAUGCCCCCAGGCUAUUUGGCAGAGUCCCCUGGCUGUGUGGGCGGGACUUCGGAGUCCAGGGUAGACCUCCCCUCCACUGAGGAGUGGGGUCCCAGAAUCCUGAUGGGUCCCAAGCCUCAGCCCUGUGCAGGUGCCAGCGUGAUGCGGGCUGAUGGCUGCCUGGGAGCCCUCUACAGAUCUAUUUUUAUAUGGAACUUAUUCACUGGGUAGAGGGAGGUGGCCUGCCACCCCCCAGCACCCAUAUCUGAGCCCCUCCAGGGAGGGAAGGGGCUGGUUGGGGGUGGGGAAAGUGGCUCCUUUGAGUAAUUCUGGAGAUGUUUUUAUAUUUCUUGGGUUCUAUAUGCAGGACAAAGUAAUAAAAACUUGUCUGUGAUAUGGUGCCUCUGCCAGUGACAGUUGCUCAACCAUGAAGUCACUUGUGUGGGAGGGUUUCAGACACUUCCCCACCCCCAGCUUUGGGUCUCUAAAGUGUGCAUCUGAGAUCUCUCUGCCUGGAGACAAACCCGACUAUCCCUGCCAUGAAAGAGUUCCCUAGGCUAGUGAGAGACACAUUUAGGAAACAGAGGACAGGACAGUGAUCAGGGCCAUCAUGAGGGUGAGCACUGGCUGGCCUGGGAGUGUAGAGGGGCACAGCUUGGAGAGGACAGGCAGAAUAUCAAUUAAAAACAAACCCACAAUUUAUUGGAAACAGGUAACUUUCAGUAGCUCUAAUUAAAACAAAUCAACUUACCACAACUCAGGAAAACAGUAUGUACAAGUCUCAGGAAAG